GAAAUCGUGAAAAACAUCUGUGAUAAAUUAAUAACCAUAUAGUAUAUUAAUUGUUAUGCUGAUGCUAUGGGACAUUUUUAAUUGACUAGUGCCAUAAAUUACUUAAUAAAAAGAAAUUGUGAUACUCAAAUCAACCAUAAGGAAUCGUAUAGUACAAAAAUAUGGCCGAGAACAAUAUUGAAAGUGUCAACCGCGUCAAAACAAAAGACUCCGAUACCGAUACAGAUGGCAAUUCCAACAGCACUGCGGUGGCCUCAGCCGCCGCUCCAGAGGAUGAGCCAGCAGAUUUUGACAAGGCUAUGAUAGCAUCUGGCUUUGGACGAUUUAAUCUAAUACUACUGAUAAUGGCAAUACCAGCGACCUGUGCGAAUAUGUUCGAGUCGUCGACGAUGUCGUAUAUUCUGCCUAUUGCCGAGUGUGAUCUUCAUUUAACAUUAACCGAUAAGGGCAUACUGAAUGCUUGUGCAUAUGCGGGAAUGAUUAUAUCGGCAAUACCCUGGGGCUAUUUGGCCGAUACGAAGGGACGUCGCAAGGUGCUCGUCUAUGGCUAUUUGUUGACCUCGAUUUGUGUGUUUGGCAGCUCGCUCAGCCAAAACUUUAUAAUGCUGGUGACGUUUAAGUUUCUCGGUGGCCUUAUUGUCAACGGCCCGGCAGCUGUGCUCUUCACGUAUCUGACGGAAAUGCAUGGACCCAAACACAGAUCUCAUGUGCUGAUGGUUGUGGGUAUGAUAACAAGCGCCUCCACAUUGCUGCUACCCUUGCUGGCCUGGGCCACCUUUCCCCGGGACUGGGACUUUGUGUUCUUUGGCGGUCUUAACAUUCACAACUGGCAGAUAUUUUUGUUUAUAUGCGGUUUGCCCAGUUUGAUAAGCGGUCUCAUAAUGUGCCUUAUGCCAGAGAGUCCCAGAUUCUUAAUGGCACAGGGCCGCAAUGCGGAGGCCUUGCUGGUGCUGCAAAAGAUCUACCAGAUCAAUACGGGCAAGCCAAAGGACACCUAUCCAAUCAAAAAACUUGUUAUGGAGGUGCCCAGUCGCGAUGCUCAGGAGGACGAGGCUAUCUACACGAUUGAGGAGAAGCCGGCGGUGAAGACUGCCACAAAGCGACCGUCGCGCACCCUGCUGGAGAGCCUGAGUGCCGGCAUGCAACAGAUGAAGCCCAUGUUCCACAAGCCCCUGCUGCGCCUUUCGAUGCACUGCUACACGAUGCAGUUCUGCAUAUUUCUGGGCAUGAAUACCAUACGUCUCUGGUUGCCCCAGUUGUUCGCCUCAAUGGCCAAUUAUGAGGCUGCGCAUGCCAAUGAUGAUGAGUCCGCCAGCAUGUGCACCAUACUCGAGUACAGCGUCAAUAAAACAGCUGAGACCUUGACGGAUUACAACAAUGCCUGUUCUGAGCCCCAAGCCAUAUCCAUGGAUAUGUAUAUUAACAACAUUAUCGUCUCGGCUUGUGGAUUUGCUGGCUAUUUCUUUGCUGGAGCUAUAAUACGUAUGGCUGGCGCCAAGCGUUUGCUAACUUACGGUCUAUUCAUAUCGGGUAUCCUUGGCCUAGCGCUCUAUUGGUCCAUCAACAGUAUCUCGACUAUUAUCAUUUCUUCGGCUUUUGUCACAGUGGCGGGCAUUGCCGUGUCCUCUCUGCUGGGCGCCGUUGUAGCGCUCUUUCCCACCCAAUUGCGCUCAUUGGUGGUGGCCACUGCCAUGAUGUGCGGUCGGUUGGGCGCACUCUCCGGCAAUCUUCUCUUUCCGGUUUUAAUACAGAUCGGCUGUGUGCCGCCCUUUGUGAUGGUCGCGUCCGUCAUGUUGCAAGCCCAUAUAUAUAUACUUACGAUUCAGAUGGCUCAAGCAGGAGAUUCAGGUAACAAAAUUGCGGAUUUCGAGACGGCGAUUGCCGAAUGCGGUUUUGGGCUAUUCAAUGUACUCAUUAUGAUCUGUGCCAUGCCCUGUCUAUCGGCUAUGGUCUUCUCCGCCUCGUCCAUGUCGUACGUAAUGCCAACAGCUGAGUGUGAGCUGAAGCUGACCGUGUUGGACAAGGGUCUGAUGAAUGCUGUGACCUAUGCAGGCAUGAUUAUCUCAGCCAUACCGUGGGGCUUUGUGGCUGAUACGAUGGGACGUCGCCUGGUUCUCAUCACUGGCGGUUGGAUCGAUGGUAUCUGUGUGCUGUGCUCGGCCCUAAGUCAAAACUCCUCGCAGCUGAUGUUAUUUAAGUUCUUCGAUGGACUAGUUAUCUGCGGUCCAUUUGCGGUGGUCGUCAGUUAUCUGGCCGAAUUCCAUGGCAGGCAGCACAGGCACUAUAUUAUGCUUUUCGUUGGCUUAAGUAUUUCCAUCGGUGCCCUGACAUUGCCGACAAUGGCCUACUUUCUGCUGCCGGUGCACAUUUACUUUACUGUUGGAACUCUGCGCUUUCACACUUGGCAAAUCUUUUUGGCGCUUACCUCAGUGCCCAGCCUGCUGAGUGGCUUUCUGCACAUCUUUCUGCCAGAGAGUCCCAAGUUUCUCAUGUCCCAGGGCUACUACACCAAGGCGCUGGCUUCCCUGCAGCGCAUCUAUGCGGUGAAUAAGCGCAAGAGCCGCGACACCUAUCCGAUCAAAACUCUGACGGAUGCCACGCCCGAACGAACCGACGAGGCUCAGGAUCCAAGCAAACGCGACUCGGUGGCGCUGCGCUUCCGUAAAACCAAACGUAAAUUUAUUGAUGGCCUGAAACAGCUGAAGCCCAUGUGUACCACUCCCUAUCUGGGAUUAUCCGCGCGGGUGUAUUGCCUGCACUUUUGCCAAAUCAUGUGCGUGAAUUCGGUGCGCCUAUGGCUGCCACAGAUCUUUGCCACAAUGCACACCUUUGAGGUGCAGGGAAUCGACGAUAGGAGUAUGUGCGCGGUCCUGGGACUCAAUUUGUUGCGGCGCAACGGUACGACCGCAACGAGGGAGGAAUGCGACAUACAUCAGCAACCGGAAACAUAUAGGGACAACAUAAUUGUGGCAGGCAUUGGCCUAGUUGGAUUCCUGCUCAUCUUCCCCCUGCUGAGCAUUCGCGGUGUCGCCAACCACAUACUAAAGGUCAGCCUCUUUAUAUGCACGUUCCUGGUGGGUGGUCUCUACUUUGCAACGUCGACGCUGGCAACGCUUAUUCUAGCCGCGGUCUAUUUGACUGUCAUGGGCAUUUGUGCGUCCACGGUUAUUGGCAUGUGUGUGGUCGUGUUUCCUACAUUGAUGAGAACAAUGGUUCUAUUGCUGAUCAUGACAUUCGGCCGUUUGGGUUCGGUUACUGGAAAUAUAUUACUACCCUUCUUUAUACAAAUGAGUUGCUGGGCCCCAUUCCUUUGGCUUUCCAGUCUAAUGGCCAUUGCAUUUACAUUCUCAUUGUUCCUGAAAGUGGAUGUCCAACAGUCACUUAAUUAACUGAUUGAUUGGUGUAGUUACAAGAAUUUAAUAAAGUAAUAUGUAAAAAUGUAUGUA